AAAAAGAAUAAUGUAACUAGGUGAAAAUGUGGUGGUUUUAGAUGUUACAUAUAAAGGUUUUUCCUGGGCAUGAAAUACCAUUUCCUUGGUGGGUAUGCCAAUAGCAGAGUAGAGGACUUAAUAAUCUUACUCCAUGUAAAUGUAACUAUGUUUUAUGACAAUCUAGAUGAACUCGCAAAGAUUAGUCGCUUGAAAAAUAUGGGAGGACAAAGGGAAGACAAAAGUAAAUUGACAGCAGAGAAUAUGCUCAAGGCAGAACUUGAACAAAUGGUGCAAUGGACUUCAUCCACAGAAUACACUGUUCCAUCACAGACAGCAUUUGGGACGAUUUAUAAUGUAGACAUUGUCAAUGUAGUGUGCAAUUGUCCAGCUGCAACAACAAGAGGGAUGUGUAAGCAUGUUCAUUUAGCUGAAUUCAUUGCGUCUAAAAGGAACAUCGACCUCACUGUAGGGCGCAGAUCUAGAGGUUUUAUCCAGAUUGGGAAUGUAUCAGUUGUUUAUUUGACCUCAUUUAAAUGUACAUGUUUUGCCAAUAGCCAUGGUAUACAUUGUAUUUGUGUGAUGGUAGCAAAAAUUGGUAUUUUCAUCACCUGA